UCAGAAACACGGCGACGUAACAGGAUGCGGAAUGACAAUGCUGCAGCGAUUGCUGUCAUGAGGAGCAGCCAGACAAUUUGUCCUGAUGAUACUGAUGCCCUGAUGGACUUUACAGGCACUGAUUCUGAAGUCAUCUUUAACGAAAGAACAGUUUUGUGA